GUGUUUCCUCUCCCUGAAUCUCUACUCCCUGGAGGUUCUUUUCAGGAAGCAUAGGAUGGAUGGAGAGAAAGAAAGAGAGAGGGAGAGGGGAGAGGAGAAGGAGAGCGAUGAUGCAGAGGAUUUCAGUCAGGCUAUGGAUGGGGCAGUCCUGGAAUGGCAGGAGAGGUAUCCUGAAGAUGACCUAGGAUUGCCCAUCAUGCAUUGGGAGGCCCUGAGCCUACGGAUUGCAGAAUUGGAGAAACAAGAAGAGGACAGAAGAUCAAAGAGUACCAUUGUUCUGGAACAUGGGAGUGUGUCUAGGGGCUGGAUUGAAGAAAGGGAGCAAGUGAAUCAGAGGGAGACUUGGGAAGGAGGAGCGGAAGAUGAAAGCAGUCGAGUUACUGCUCUUACUUCACGUCUCCAGACUCAAAUGAAUCUGCAGCUGUGCUUCAUCAACAACAGUGAGAGUGAGGAUGAGGAUGAUGACAGAGAGGCUGGAAGAGAGGCAGUGUGUUUGAGGUCAUCGUCUUGCUGGAGGAUGAAGUGUCAGCUGAUGAGGUUGGAGGAAUUUACUUGUUCAUAGCCAGACAAAAUAAGUCCAUGCACUUCUGAAUUCAUCCUACUGAUGCCAUCUUCAGUUACAUCAUCAAUAAAGAUGAGUGAGCCUGUUCCAGCAGCAGCCAUUCAUGCCCAUGCCAUGAUAUCUUCUCCUCUAUAUUUCACAGAUGAAGGGGGGUGCUUUGGAUCAUGGGCUGUUCCUUCCUUUUUCCACGCUUUUGGCAUUCCCUCAUUUUGAUAAAGUUAUAUUUUGGACUCAUCUGUCCAUUAAACAUUGUUCCAAAACUCUUGUGGCUCAUCUCUGUAUUUUCUCGUGAAUUCAAAACUGCCCUUAUCUUGUUGCUGCUAGGAUUUUUUGCAGCAUCGCUCCUACAAUUCUGUUCUCAAAUUCUUCUGCAUAUGGUGGCUUGUGACAUUUUCACCCCUGCCCUGUGGAGCCUGCUAGUGAUGUUGUUUUCACUGACCGUUGUUUUAGGGUUUUUCUUCAGAGCUCUUAGGAUAAGUCUGUUAUCAACUGCAGUUGCCUGGCCUGUACACGGGCUGCCAGAAGUGAUUUCUUUCAUUUUCAAGAGUUUCCAAACUGCUGUACUUGAUAUACUCAGUUUUAAUGCUAUCCUUCUUAAUGAAUUCUUCUGUCCUUUCAGUUUGCUGAUUAGUUGUUUAUCAGCCAUACUGCUAGUGUUUUGGUCUUCAUACUGGUGUAUGCCCUGACUCCAAAUGUAAUCUCCACAGAUGAAAACAAAGACUAAAACCAUGUCUAGACACUCACUGCCCUUUUGUGUAGACAGUCCAUGCAAAAUGAAACGUGAGCAACAGGUAACACCUCUGAGUCAUCUUACUUUUGCACAGAUGAGAAUGGGGAACU